AUGGCCUCAGCAUCGCAGCCAGGGUCGGUGGUUGCCGGCAAUGAGGAGACCAGAGACCUCGACAGUACCGGCCUUUGUCUACUGUCUCUCGAUGGCGGCGGGGUUAGAGGACUGUCGAGCCUCUACAUCCUCAAAGGGCUCAUGACAAGGCUGAACUUCGAGCGACAAGCCGUUGGACUCGCCCGAGUGAAACCAUGCGACAUCUUUGAUCUGAUCGGAGGGACCAGCACGGGAGGAAUCAUCGCCAUCAUGCUGGGUCGACUGGAGAUGGACGUGGACGAGUGCAUCAAGGAGUACAAGGCCAUGAUGAAGAAGGUCUUCAAGAACAAGCGGAGUGCGUUUUUCGUGUCCAUCACGGGCAACGUCAAAGCCCGGUUCUCGUCCAAGACGCUCGAGACGGCCAUCAAGGAAGUCCUGAAGAGCAAAGGGUUCAAGGAAGACGAUCUCCUCUUGGACGAAACCAACCCCGAAGCAGCCGGGAAGUGCAAAGUCUUCGUCUGUGCCAAAUCCCAGGAGGGCAACCACAUCCGGCGGCUGAAGAGCUACAAUGUGCAAGGGCGGCAGGAAGAAGACAACCCGCGCAUCUGGGAGGCGGCGCUGGCCACAUCGGCGGCGCCGUCGUUCUUCGACCCGGUCCAGAUCGGGGCCUGCAGCUACGUCGACGGGGCCAUCGGCGCCAACAACCCGGUCAGCCAGGUCGAGGACGAAGCCGCCGACAUCUGGUGCGAGGAGACAGGCCGCGUGCAGCCGCUGGUCAAAUGCUUCAUCUCGGUGGGCACGGGCCACGCCGACUUCACCACCAUCAAGAACAGCUCGCUGCGAUCCGUGGCCCACAGCAUCGAGAAGGUCGCCACCGAGACCAAAAAGACCGACAACGAGUUCACCGGCCGCUGGCGCGAGCACCUCGACAGCCGCUACUUCCGCUUCAACGUCGAGGAGGGCUUGCACAGCGUCCGCCUCGCCGAGUACAAGCAGGAAGCCGUCAUCGACGCCGGCACCCGCCUGUACCUGGACGGCCACGGCGUGAAGCGCAAGGUGCGGGCGUGCGUGCAGAAUCUGAGGCAGAAACGAUAUGAGCCCGAUCGCGCCUUUUGUCUCGAGCAGACGCAGCUCCAAGAGGCGCGGGAGAAGACAGAGCAGCGCGACCGCGAACGGCCUCAGCUACUGGGCACCACGAGUGAGAUAUCCGAACUGAUGGAGCGAGGCGACGCCAACCGCCGAAGACUUCACGCGGGCGCUGCGGGGGAUGAUGAUGAACUCGUCGUCGUCGUCGGCGGCGCACCAGCAGCAGCAGCAGCAGCAACCACACCCUCCUCCAACCCCAUCGCCCAAGAAAGCCAAAGAAUUCGCACGCAUCUACCAGAAGCUGAUGUCGACGUCGCUCCGGCUCAGCCACGUCCUGGCCUUCACGGAGCCGAGCGGAUGCAGCACGUGCGCGACGCCGAGCGCCACGGCGCCUUCGCCAUGGACCACGCGCUGCGCUCGCAGAACGCCCAGCGCGUAGCCCAGAUGCGCUUCUACGCCGCCUGCGUGCGCGCCCGCGAGGCCUGUCUCCUCGUCGAGACGGGCACGUUGCAGGGGGACGCGCUGGACGCGCGACGGAACCGCACGCUGGAGGACCUGUCGGUCGCGUUGAGUGAGUUGUCGAGUUUCGACGGCAUGGACGUCGCCGUCUACGAGGUCAUGGCAAGCGAGUAUUCGCAGGCCCUAUCGCGUGGAGGACGGAAGUGA